UUGACUAGCAAACACAAGAGAAACCAGCAGGGAUCAUCAGCCUCUCCACCCACCAUACCAUACCACAAACGAAAAUGUUUACCGGAGCACGGCGGAGCAGCGCCGGAUCAUCUGGAGACCAGGAGGGGAUGGGAGAUAAGCUUGACGCUUUAUCAGAGGAGCUUCGACGGCGGCCAGAAGUACGGAUCCUCAACAAAUAUGCGGUCAGCAUGGCGUACAUCCGAAUUGGCGUGAAAAACAUGGGGGCUCUGGCGCUCUUGUGGGCCACCGUGGUCCUCCUCGGCGGCUUCGUCUCCGAUCUGAGGAGGAUAGAUUUUUGGUAUCUCACCAUCAUCGCAUUCAUCCAAGCUGCCGGGCUAUCUGACGCCCUGGGAGAUGAUCGGUUGAUGUUCUUUGGGCAUUGGGUUGAUUCACUUAUGAGAAAUAUUAUAUCUUGGGGGGAAAAGCAUCAUGAUAAACGCAAGUUGCCUAUGAGGCAAUGGCUGAAGAGACAAAUAAAUAUACUCCGGUUAAAAAUAAUAGACAUCACUCUGUCUAUGCUAUUUUUCCCAGUGGAGUGCUUCGCUGCUUAUGGGCCAAUUAUCUGCUUUGUGCUAUCGCUGCUUCGUCUGCGAAAGCAAGACUAUGGCAUCGCCGACGGAGAAGCAAAUAUGGAGCCAGGGCUGACUUUAUUCUACUGCUUAUCUCUUGCUCAGAGCGCAUUCUCCUUUCUGAGUAUGAUUAUUGGAGCUGUUGCUGAGGAGAAGUUGGUGGAGUAUGUUAGCCAACAAUAUGGUUUCAGCCCUAAAGUACUUGGUGGAUACUUGGACAAAACCAAGCAGAUUUGUCUAAACAACGCCGCGUCCACAGUGAGCUGGAAUUUGAUCGCAUAUGGUGCUGACUUGCUUGAUUCCCAAUUACCGGAGGACUAUGUGUCUGGAGGAAGGGUACUAACUAUGCUGAUUGAUCAAGAUACACCGUUAGCGAUAACCUGGCUGCUGAAUUUGUCACCGAUACACAGAAUUCAGAAGCUGAUCGGGACCCUUGCUUGGGGAAGCCCAGCUGAGCAAGAGAUGAGAUGUCAUGCAGCGAGGAUUGUGGAGCAUCUAGCUGGUCACCUCAACCUUGCUCACUUUCCAGGAGCAUUGGAAUGCAUAUCCUCCCUCUUUGACACUUCCUAUCAUAACAAUGCUGAUCAAGAAGCCCUCCAUUCGCCUUUUCUAACUGAGCGUAGCAAGCAGAGGAAAAGGAGAGGUUUCCUGAACGAAAAUUUUGCUGGUAACCCGUGGGAAGAUAAAGAUGGUAACAAGAAGGAUGACGGGGGUAAAGAUGGUAGCUUCACCAUGUUCACAAACAUUAUCACUGCCAAAAAUCCGCGCGAAAGACACGAUGCUGCCGCGCAAUACAACAAGGAGAGGUCUGCCGCACAGAAAUUCAACAAGGAGAGGGAGAAUUAUAAAGGAACUGAUAAGGAUCUGGUUUUGCUAGGCUUGAGAAUUCUAGAGAAGCUGGCUCACAACAGACACAACUGCACACUGAUAUACAACACCAAGGAUAUUCUUUCAAAAAUAGUCGCACCUGUCAGUUCCAACAAAUUAGAAGAAGACAUCAAGAGCAACGCUACAUGGACCAAGGUAAUAGGCGGGUCACUGAAGGUGGUGAGCCAGCUCAUGGGUUCUUCAGGAAGCACCAGCGUAAAGAUGCGCAGACUGAUUGCGAACAAUAGUAAUGCAGUAACAAACUUGGAGGCCGUACUAGAUAUGGAUAUGAAGAGCAACAGUGUUAUCAAGCUACAGAUACAAGCUAUAGAUGUUCUUACACAACUAGCCUUGCAUCAUCCAGCAAAUAAUUCUGCUACAAAGAUAAGGGACAAAAUUAUUGAGAGGGCGCUGCACAUCUUCCUUACUACAGGUUGGAUAGAAGAUUAUUUGAAAGAUGAGAAAAUGAAGCUGGAUAAUACUUUACCAACAUCGUCAAUAUUAACAUAUAUGAUCAGUGUAGAAAAGCGGGCUGCAGAAGCACAUGUUGAAAAGAGGAUGAAAGAAGCUAAGGAAACUGCAAGCCGGCUUAAAGAAAAGGCAGGUGAAGCAUUGGCCAUGCUGUCCAGUGAUUCAGAGGCUGUCAAGAGCUUCACAGGAUGCAAAAAUAAUGAAGUUGUUCGUCUUACUGAAUUGCUCAACUCCAAAACAAGUGCAACAGAUACUACUAUACCAAUAGAGAUUACGAUUGGCUGUCGUAUUAGCGCAGCAGUCAUCUUGAAGCAUUUGAGCAACUACGACAAGAAACCAACCUUACGGAUGGUACUCACGGAAUUGCUUCCUAUGCAAGCAGAAUUGAGUAGUACAACCAUGCCCAGCUGUUGGGAGCGUGCCAUCCCUUGCAUUAAAGCAAGCAGAAACAAGAUAGGAAACCCAGGUAACACUGUGAAAGACAAGCCUUCCAAUUCUCAGAGCCACCACAUCCAGCAAUAUGAGGAGAGGAGGCUGCAGGCAGAGCUGCUAUCAUUCGUCGCAACAAUUCGUGCAAACAACAAUCUUGAUUUUGCAACAAUAUUAAUGUCACUGACGCCGCCGGCUACCAAGGAGGACUUUGUGGUGAGGCUCAAGAACAUGGUGGAGGACAGCAUGUAUGCCACCCCUGCGUGCUUGGCAAUACAGAAGCUUACCUGCAAGAUGGUUAUAGAAUUCAUCCAGCAGCAUGAUGAAAACGUCGAAGUGAUCGGCAGGCAUGAUAUCGUUGGCGCAUUAUUGGAGGCUUCAGAGAUGAUGGUCGUGCUUGAAAGCAGCAUGCUUUUUGCUGGUGUUGAUCGUGACUGCCACGGGGUUCCUCUGAAACCUCUCUCUUCUGUCCUCGCUAAGAACGCAGAAGAUCUUUUGGCACAGAAGAAACAGGCUCUGGGCGUCAACAUUGCGCCUGCCACUGCCAGUGCACCAUGAUUGCUGCAUUACAGAGUAUCAUAGUAUGGCAAAAACUAUUGAAACGGAUACUGGGGUGCUUUUUGUUUUUCCAUUUGUUUCAUUUUCGAAUUUGUGAGACUUUUCAAUAAUAGGCUGCGUGCACCAUCAGCUGCAGAGGUCCAGAGUGUAACUCUUGCAUUCUAAAUUCGGGUAUAUCUUCUGCAUCAUGGCAAGAUCCAAGGGCUUUGUAUAAUGUGCAUAUGUGCAUCGCAGU